AUGAAAAAGCAUCGGUUUAGAGAGACCUUGAAGUCUUUCUUUGAGCCUCAUUUUGAUCAUGAGAAAGGUGAAAUGCUUAAAGGAUCAAAAUCUGAGAUAGAUGAAAAGGUGAAGAAAAUCUUGGGAAUGGUUGAGAGUGGACACAUCGACGACGAUGAAUCUAAGAGACAAGUGGUUUCAGAGUUAGUGAAUGAAUUCUACAGCGAGUACCAGUCUCUGUAUCGUCAGUACGAUGAUCUAACAGGAGAGAUCAGGAAAAAGGUCCACGGGAAAGGAGAAACCUCUUCGUCAUCGAGCUCAGACUCAGAUUCUGACCAUUCUUCAAAGAGGAAGACUAAGAGAAAUGGACAAGUACAGAAAGAUGUAGAGUCAGUAACAGAUGGCUUGAAGCAACAAAUCGAAGCUGCGAAUCUUGAAAUUGCUGAAUUAAACAGGAAGUUGACGACGAGUAUUGAAGAAAAAGAAGCAGUAGAUUCUGAGCUUGAAGCAGCUUUGACGAAGUUAAAAGAAUCAGAAGAUAUCAUCAACAAUCUGAAACUUGAAACUGAGAAGUUGGAAGGCGAAAAGACAACAGCUCUGAGUGAUAGCAGAGAAGUACAUCAGAAACUGGAAGUUGCUGGCAAAACAGAAACUGAUCUGUAUCAGAAGUUAGAAGAUAUAAAAAAAGAGAGAGAUGAACUGCAAACUGAAAGAGACGAUUAUAUCAGAAGAUGUCAAGAAGCUGAAAAAGUUGCAGAAGAUUGGAAAACAACGAGUGAUCAGCUCAAAGAUGAAGUUUCUAAUUUCAAGCAGCAGCUAGAAGCAUCAGAGCAACGAGUUUCGGAUCUGACCCGCAGAAUGAAUAGCGCAGAGGAAGAGAACAAAUCUCUAUCUUUGCAAGUUUCAGAGAUUUCAGGUGAGAUCCAACAGGCACAGAACACUAUACAAGAACUCACUUCUGAACUGGGAGAGGUGAAAGAAAAGUACAAAGGAAAAGAGAGUGAGCAUUCUAGUCUGGUGGAGUUACAUGAGACCCAUGUAACAGAAUCAUCUAGUCACGUGAAAGAAUUAGAAGCACUGGUGGAAUCAUCAGAGAAAUUGGUUGCAGAUUUGAACCAAAGCCUGAAUAAUGCAGAGGAAGAGAAAAAACUGCUAUCUCAGAAAGUGUCAGAGAUCUCCAGUGAGAUUCAACAGGCGCAGAACACCAUACAAAAACUCACGUCUGAAUGUGAACAGUUGAAAGAGAGCCACAGUGUGAAAGAGAGAGAGUUUACUGGUUUGAGGGACACCCACGAGACUCAUCAGAGAGAAUCAUCCACCCGAACGAGUGAAUUAGAAGCUCAACUGGAAUCCUCAGAAAAGCAGGUCUCAGAUUUGAGUGCGAGUCUGAAGGCUGCAGAGGAAGCAAACAAAGCUAUCUCCUCGAAGAAUGUGGAAACCCUGGACAAGCUUGAACAGGCGCAGAACACUAUACAGGAACUCAUGGGUGAAUUGGGGGAGUUGAAAGACCGACACAAAGAGAAAGAGAGUGAGAUUUCUAGUUUGGUGGAGGUACAUGAGUCACAUCAGAGAGAUUCAACAAGUCGAUUGAAAGACUUAGAAGCGCAAGUGGAAUCAUCAGAGAAAUUGGUUGCAGAUUUGAACCAAAAUCUGAACAAUGCAGAGGAAGAGAAGAAACUGCUAUCUCAGAAAGUAUCAGAAGUCUCCAGUGAGAUUCAACAGGCGCAGAACACCAUACAAGAACUCGUGGCUGAGUCUGAACAUUGGAAAGAGAGCCACAGUGUGAAAGAGAGAGAGUUUUCUGGUUUGAGGGACACCCACGAGACUCAUCAGAGAGAAUCAUCCACUCGAAUGAGUGAUUUAGAAGCUCAACUGAAAUCAUCAGAAGAGCGGGUCUCAGAUUUGAGUGCGAGUCUGAAUGCUGCAGAGGAAGAAAGUAAGUCCGUGUCCUCGAAGAUCUUGGAAACUACAGACGAGCUCAAACAGGCGCAGAACAAGAUACAAGAACUAAUGGCGGAAUUGGCAGAGUCGAAAGAUUUACACAUACAGAAAGAGAGUGAGCUUUCUAGUUUGGUGGAGGUACACGAGUCACAUAAGAGAGAUUCAUCGAGUCAGGUGAAAGAAUUAGAAGCGCAGGUGGAAUCAGGAGAGCAACGGGUUAAAGAUUUGAACCAGAGGCUAAACAGUGCAGAGGAAGAGAAUAAAGUGUUGUCUCAGCGAAUUUCAGAAAUGUCGAAUGAGAUCAAGCAGGCAGAGAACACCAUACAAGAACUCAUGUCUGAGUCUGGACAGUUAAAAGAGAGCCACAGUGAGAAAGACAAGGAACUUUUCAGUUUGAGGGAUAUCCAUGAGACUCAUCAGAGAGAAUCAUCCACUCAUUUAAAAGAUUUAGAAGAGCAACUGAAGUCAUCUGAACAACGGGCUUCGGAGUUAAGCGAGAGUCUGAAGAUUGCAGAGGAAGAAAACAAAACCAUGUCCACUAAAAUCUCAGAUACUUCAGGCGAGCUCAAAAGGUUACAGAUCACGUUGCAGGAACUCACAGCUGAGUCAAGCAAACUUAAAGAGCAGCUCACUGAGAAAGAAGGCGAACUUUUACUUUUGACAGAGAAGGAAAGCAACUCACAGGUGCAAAUAAAAGAACUAGAAGCAACAGUAGCGACCCUUGAGCUGGAACUACAGUCUGUUCGUGCCCAUACAAUAGAUCUUGAGACAGAUAUUGCAAGCAAAACCACUGAAGUUGAGAAAUUGGAAGCUCAAAACACAGAAAUGGUUGCUAGAAUCUCCGAACUUGAGAAGAAAAUGGACGAGAGAGGAACUGAACUCUCUGUUUUAACCCAAAAACUAGAGGAUAAAGAGAAGGAAUCAUCGUCCACAAUUGAGAGCUUGACAGCUGAGAUUGAUGGCCUACGAGCAGAACUAGAUUCAAUGUCUGCUCACAAGGAUGAGUUGGAGAAAGUAAUAGUUAACAAAGGCGAUGAAGCUUCAAUGCAGGUUAAAGGUUUAGCGGAUGAGAUCGAUGGUCUGAGCCAACAAGUGGCCUCACUUGAGAGCCAGAAAGCAGAACUCGAGAUUCAACUUGAGAAGAAGUCUGAGGAGAUCUCUGAAUAUAUGAGUCAGGUUACAAAUCUAAAAGAGGAGAUCAUAAACAAGGCCAAAGAUCUUGAGAAUAUUGCAGAAGAAAGAAAUGGUUUAUCUGAGAAGAUCAAUGGCCUUGAAGUUGAGCUAGAGACUCUACAGAAACAGAGAAGUGAGCUUGAUGAGGAGCUGAGAACUAAAACAGAAGAUAACGUUCAACUGCGUGAUAAAAUCAGCCAAGCCUCCGCUGAAACAAUGACCUUGACAGAACGGAUCAACAAUCUGCAGCAUGAGCUUGAUUCUCUACAGUCGCAGAAGAGUGAAACUGAAGCAGAGCUUGAUAGAGAGAAGCAAGAGAAAUCAGAAUUGUCCAGUCAGAUCACUGAUUUCCAGAGAGCAUCGGUGGAGCAAGAAGCUGCUUACAAUACACUGAGAGAGGAACACAAACAGAUCAACGAACUGCUCAAAGAACGUGAGGAAACACUCAAUAAGCUAACAGAUGACCAUAAAGAAGCUCAAAGACUGUUGGAGGAGACAGGUAAGGAAGUAACAUCCAGAGACUCUGCAAUUGCUGUAUUUGAAGAGACGAUGGAGAGUUUACGUAACGAGCUGGAAAUGAAAGGAGAGGAGAUCGAAACUCUCAUGGAGAAGAUCAGUAACAUUGAGGUUAAGCUACGAUUAUCGAAUCAGAAACUGAGAGUAACUGAACAGGUUCUUACGGAGAAAGAAGAAGCUUUCAGGAGAGAAGAAGCUAAGCACUUGGAGGAGCAAGCAUUGCUUGAGAAAAGUCUCACAGUGACACACGAGACUUAUCGAGGUAUGAUCAAAGAGAUAGCAGAUAAAGUGAACAUAACACUAGAUGGGUUUCAAUCAAUGUCGGAAAAACUCACGGAGAAGCAAGGGAAGUACGAGAAAACAGUAAUGGAGGCGUCGAAAAUACUGUGGACAGCGACGAAUUGGGUGAUAGAGAGGAAUCACGAGAAGGAGAAGAUGGAGAAAGAGAUGGAGAGGAAAGAGGAGGAAAUAAAAAAGCUUGGAGAAAAAGCAAGUGAAGAUGAAAAGGAGAAGGAGACGAUGAAAGAGACUCUGAUGGGACUUGGAGAAGAGAAAAGAGAAGCGAUAAGGCAACUAUGUGUUUGGAUCGAUCAUCACAGAGGUCGCUGUGAAUAUCUUGAGGAGAUUUUGUCUAAGACAGUUGUAGCUCGAGGAGGCCAAAGACAGUCACAGCGAGCCUAA